AUUCUCAGAAUUUCCGCAUUUAGACGGCUUCUUGUCCCCCUUUGUUCUUUCUCUCCUUGCUUUAGAACUACAGCAUCCCCAACGCCACGCAAAGGCUCACACAACAGCAGCAUCAGCCACUUUUCAAACCUCUUUGAGCACUCCCGGACCGAGCAAUGCGGUCGCGCUCUGGCUCGUACUCGGCUGCGACCACGGAGCGCAAUGUCGAAGCCAGUCAACGCGCGUCCAUCGCCAAUGCUUACGGCCGGCGUCCGAGCACCGGAAGCAGCGACUCCAGCAGCUCCGACGACGCCAGUGGCAGCAGUGGCAGCGGGAGUCAGACCACGAGCGCGCGCACGGGCAGCAGCAUGGCGCACGGUGACGUUGCUGCACCCGCUCCGACAGCCGCGGUGCCCAGGAGCACCCAGCCAGCACGACGAUCGGAGGACAAUGAUGACGACGCGACUGCUGCGCUGCCCACAGUGGCACUGAUGAAUGGCGGGGCAAGCGGUGCACAUCGUCGCUCUGCUGCUGCUGCUGCUGCCAAUGGCUACUAUGGACGUACAAGCACAUCCAGCGAUGACGAGCCGCCGUACCUCAAGCAACCGUUUGACAAUGCAAGUCUGCGUCGUAGAAUGAGCACACAGCAGCAGCAGCAGUCUGAGCUGUCCAAGUCCGUCCCGUCGGUGCUCUCGCGCGACUCGAGUCGCAUUAGCAGAUCAGAUUUGGCCAGAAUCGCACCCAUUCCGGCAACCAAGUCGCACAAGUUUGCCCUCAAUCGCAAGUGCUGCAAGUGCCGCAUGUCCAUCGUGACGAUUCUCGCGAUCAUUCUCAUCGUCCAACAAUUGCUGGCAAUCAUGGCAAUGUGGGUCUUGUGGCAGUCGCAGUUGAGCGAUACAACAAAGUCCCUCGGCACGUCCUCGUUGACGUCGUUCAACUCGAAUGUCGGAAACGUGGUUGAGAUUCUCAUUGUAGGAGCCUACCAAACGCUGCUGGCCCACUACUUGAUGUGGACGACUGGAUCUUAUGGCAAAGUCAACCCUCCUUUGGGGCCCGUCACAUUCCCGUGCACGGGCAUUGUCAACUGGACGCUGCCCGCACUGGACGCAAUGUUCAACACGAGCGUCUUGAAUGCCAAUUUUUUGAUUUACUCCAACCUAUUCCCUUUGAUCAUCACGGCUUCCUCGCCGACCGUCGCCGCUACCAUUGCCCUUCAGACAGGCUCAACCUUUAGCGCAGCGAUUGUUGCGGUCAACCCAGACACUCGCGCACCGCUCUUCCCCCAGCCCUUCGAUCCAAUUCCGUACAACACUUCGUUUGCCGUGACCACGGCAUGGACGACUGCUUGCCCGGAUGCGGCGUGCAUGAUGACGGAGAACGAGCUUCCGGACUUUGUCAACAACCGCAAGCUCAACUGCGACGGCAAUCAGCUUUAUCUACAGCCCAACGCAUCGUCUGCCGCUCAAGACGAGCCGUGGUACAUUGACACCUACAAUGCAAACACGCUACGAAUCUUCUUUUACAGAGAGCCAGAUACCUACAGCAUUGGGCGGCUGCGAUUCACCUUCCCCAUCCCGUAUGUCUGGGACAGUCCCCUGUCCCCUCCACCAAACCCUCCACAAGUUAGCGGGGUGAUGGCAUUGGACUACUCGCCGAGCCUCGUUUCCUCCUUUCUCAAUCAAGUCAAGUUUUACCCGUCCCAAGUCGUGUGGUUGAUUUUUGACCAAGCGUGCGUCGAGUUUGGUGGACAGCAGUACUUUUUGCUGUACCCGACACCUCAAGACUGCGAUGGCGAAUGCUCUUCCCAGAUUGCCUCGAUCUCUGCCCAGAUGUGCCAAAGAAUUCUGCGCCACACCCCUCUCAACUUUGUCGAGACUGGCGAUCCUUGGACUUCGGUUCAGAGCACUGGCAUUUCAAUUGGGUCGACCAUCUUGCCGGUUACAGUCAUCAUUACUGUUUCUCAGAGCGACGUUGUGGGAGCUGUCCAAGAGUCCGCUAUUCGUGCCGCGUACGUUUCUGUUGGCUUGCUCGGCCUGGCGACAGCUGUUGUGGUAUUUCUUGCCUACAAAAUGGCCACCAUCAUUCGCCGAGUGAUUUCCAACUUGGAAGAUCUGGCACACGGCAGCUCGCUUUUGGCACUGUCGAGUGACAUUGACCCGCUGGCAGAGCCAAUCAACUUGAAAAUCCCGAAAACUGCCUUCCAGCCCCAAAAGUCGGGCAUUGCAGUCACCGCAGCAAAUCCACCACCCGAAACUCUUCUUCCCAGUGAUGCACCUGGCGGUGUUGUCGCACUUCCAGUCGUUCCAGCUGAAACAUUUGACCACGGCACCUCCUCAAUGGCCCCAGUCGAGGCAGGCGUGGUUGUCAUUCCGAUGGUUCCGGUUGCCACGCUCGCGAAUGCUCCCACCGUGUCUGCCGACCCGAAUCUUGUUGCAUCCGGUGUGGCAGCUGUGCCUGCAUCGGCGCCGAAUGCCGCCGCCCUCGCACUCCCCAAAAAGACUCGCUCAAGACAAGCCGCUUCCGAGGACGAUGGCCCUCAGCUUGCCGAGGUCGAUCGCCUCAUGGCCGCGCGCAACGAAAUUCGCAUGGUUCUCUCGUAUACUGCUGCGCAGACAUUCUUUGCCGUCAGCCAACUUCGCGAUUUGGACCGCCGAAUGCAGCAGGUGCAGGCCAUCUCGAUUGAGCGUGCGCGUGCGUUGGACGACUUUUACGGCUUGGUGGCACCACCCUCAGAGCUGACCGAAACGUCAUCUCCGCACGAGUGCGUUGCCUAUCUCCGCCGCCAAGAGCACAUUCCUCUGGCAGUCCGGAGCAGUUUGAGAGCGCUGCCCACGCGGCCGCUCUCGGUCUUUGUCGGGACCUGGAAUGUCGGAAAUGCAAAGCCUCCGACGCGACUCACCUCUUGGGUCCAGGUUGGCCACGACAUUGUUGCCAUUGGUGUGCAGGAGUGCGUGUACAUGAAAAACUCGGCUGCCCACUUUUUCAGUCUGGUCGAGCAAACGCUCGGUAGGCGGUACUUUCGCGUCGCCGAAUGCAACAUUGUCUCUGGCGCUUUGCAGUCUGUCGGCGAAGACAAAACACAUGGUCCUGUCGAGUUUCUUGAUUUGCCUGGAACCGGCGGCCUUCGUCUGGUCGUCAUGGCGUUAAACGAGCAUCGUGAAUUUAUUACUGAUGUCAAGAUUGGGCGUGAAGCCACUGGAAUUGCAAGGGUCAUGUGGAACAAGGGAGGAGUCGCCAUCUCGUUUUCCAUCUAUAACUCGAGCAUGUGCUUUGUGGCGUCGCAUCUGGCCGCCCACCAAGAAAAAGUCAAACAGCGAAACCGCGAUGUUUCGUCGAUUUGCAGGGGACUGCAUCUCACAGACUCGUCAGCUUCCCUCGCCAACGCGUUUGACUAUCUGUUCUGGAUGGGCGAUUUGAACUACCGAAUUGACUUGCCGCGCGAUCGUGUGCUCGAGCUCACGCAAAAGGGCGACUGGGAUGCGCUGUUUGAGCACGACCAGCUGCACAAAGAGUGUGAGGCCGAGCGCGUGUUCUCGGGCUUCACCGAAGCGCUAAUCGACUUUGCGCCGACUUUCAAGCUCGAUCGCGGUCAAAACGUGUACGAGAGCAAACUCCUUCGGGUGCCUUCUUGGUGUGACCGCAUUCUGUGGAAGACCCGUCCCGGCCACCAUGUUUCUGCAGUCCAGUACUCGAGUGACACCAGCAUCCAAACAAGCGACCAUCGCCCCGUCUUUGGCGUUUACUCGGUGCACGCGCAGCUUCCAUUCGCUCCCCUCAUCACCUCACUGCCGUGUCGUAUCGUGUUGACCGACCUGCGUGUGACUGUCUCGCGUGCAGCCCUCGCCCAGAAUCAUGAGCCAACCGCGAACCCGGAGGGAGGCAUGGAGCUCGAUGAAAUUGCGCCGUCCCUGUUUUUCAAACCCAUGCUGGUGGUGACAGGCGACAUGAUUGAGGCCGAAGCCCGUUCCACGUCUGCCACUGCCGUCGACAAGAAAGUCCCUCUGCAGUGGACCUUUAGUGGCUCGUUGUCGGUCGCGCCCAUCCUCACCGAUCCCGCUUUUCUACUGAGAAAGCAUUUGCUGGUGAUUGUUUCCGAUGACCCCGAUCGGCGUCGAGAACAUCAGCACCAGGGUAUCCUUUCGUUAAAGCAGGCGUUCGACGCCAACCCACAGCCGUUCACAAUCCCCUUGCGCCAGUUCUCGACCCGCACUUGCGAACUACAUGGCAGCAUUCACGUCAAGUUUGGGCCUCCCGAGCACUUUGCUCACGCACACUCGGCCAUCUUGAACGGGGGUGUGACUGGAGAUUCUGAUGUUUAGGAAAUUUGUGUCUGCAUUCAGAAGGCGAGGGACAGCCCGUUGUGUGUUCGCCCCACCCCCGUCCCCGUUUUUAUUUAAUACAUUAGGUAACUUGACCA